AUGGCGACGUCGACGUCGAGGGCGGCGGCGCUGUCGCUGAUGCGUCGCAUGCUCCGCGUCAGCCGCGGGUGGCGCGGCGAGGGUGGCGCGGACGAGGCGAGGUACAUCGUGCAGGAGACGUCGCGCGUCUUUCGCGAGCGUAAAGAUCUGCGCGACGCCGAGGUCAUCGCCGGGGCUUUGGACGAAGGGGAGGGCCGGCUGCAGACGGCGCUGCACUACGGGAUAGCGUAUCCGCGAAUGACGCACACGCCCCUCGCCGGUGGGGGCGACGUCAAGAACGUUCUGCCCCCGGCGGAGGCGGGGGGUUCGUCCUGGGCGUCGCACGUCGGCGAAAAAGGCGUGAGCGACGCGGCGAGGAACAUCGCGGCGCACGCGGCGCCGGUGAAUCCGCGCGCCAACGCGGCGAGGGAGGCGGCUCGGGCGAAGAGGCUCGCGAUGAUGAAGGCGACGGCGACGGCGACGGCGGAGGCCAGGACGGCGGACGACGAGGACGCAACCGGCUAG